ACUUAUCCAAUUGAUCGAUAUUUCGAUUUUCGUUGAAAUACUAUCAAAACACUCAAUUUAAAUCGCAUAUUUUUCUAACGAUCGAAAUAUGAGUUUUGACAAAACGGGAUGUUACAACAAGUUGGUCCCGAAUUUGAAGGAAUUGAAGGAGAAGUUGAAGUAGAGAUGGCGGGGAAUCAACAUCGAGGGGCUAAUCCGCAUCAAAACCCAAAUGUCGAAGCAGGAGCCGAGGAAGAGCCAAGGACUAUGGGCUAUUACAUGGCUCCACGGGCGGCGGAUAUCCAAUCUCCUAUCUUAUAUCCACCCGUGGCCGCCAACAACUUUGAAAUCAAGCUUGCUCUCGUGACGAUGAUUCAAAACAACGCCUAUUUUGACGGGCUUGCCAACGAAUCACCACGAGAGCAUGUCCAAAGGUUUCUUGAGCUAGAGGGAAUUUUGAAGAUAAAUGGCGUCCCCGAGGAGGUAUUGCGCUUGAGGCUUUUCCCCUAUUCUUUGGCGGGGAAGGCACUCCGAUGGCUCAACAACCGUCCGACUCUAUCCAUCACCUCUUGGUACGAUUUACUCAACAAAUUACUUGACCCGAUAUUGUCCUCCUUCCAAGACGGUCGAGUGGAGGAAGAAGAUCACUCACUUUGAGCAAGAGGAGGAUGAGACAUUGAGGGAUGCAUGGGAAAAAUUCUCUGACUACUUCCUGAUAUAAUCAAAAUACGAAGAGAAC